GAUGGCGGCGUCUGGUAAAGACGGUUCGGGCUGUUGGGGUGUCCCAGUCGUGUAUAAACAUCACGAACAGAGUAGAGUGUGCAUUUCGCGACCAAAAUAUAGAGAAGGGAGGAAGGCAAGAGCUGUUAAGGUGUACACCAUCAAUUUGGAGUCUCGUUACAUAAUGGUCCAAGGAGUCCCAGCCAUCGGCGUGAUGUCAGAGCUGAUCCAGCUGUGCGCACUGUAUGGAGUUGUGGAGGAGUACAGACCCCUAGAUGAGUAUCCUGCUGAGGAGUUCACCGAGGUCUACCUUGUCAAGUUCCAAAAACUCACCAGUGCCAGAGCGGCCAAACGUCACAUGGAUGAGAAGAGUUUCUACGGUGGUGUGCUGCAUGUUUGCUAUGUCCCAGAGUAUGAGACUGUGGAAGAUACCAGGCAGAAGCUACAAGACAGGAGGAGAUAUGUAAUAAAAGCUACUCAGAAUAAAGCAAGAGAAAAAAAGCGGAAGGAGGCAGAAAAUGAGCAGGCUACAUCAUCAGACACAGCUUCCUCAUCAGAGACGGUCGCUGCCAGACGGGAUAUAACCACAGAAACUGAUGAGGCAGGCAACCCUUCAAACAUGAGCCAGUAUGUAGAGUUUCCUCCUCUGCCAUUACCUCCUCAGGAGCAUUAUAACUACGGACAAAUUAAACAAUUCACUAAACCAACAGAGGACAAUAUGGGGACAUCACAUAAUGCCAUCAUUAACAAAAAAGAGAGGCCAAGACCAAGCUCUAGUCACACCUCUUCAGACAGAGACUCAGGGCACAGACUCGCCUCAAAUCACUGCCCUGCUGUCAGAUUUUUGCCAAGGACCACUCAUUUAGAGAACAGGAAACGUAAGAUUGAAGAGGCUAUGGAAAAUUCAACAUCUGAUGAUACCAGCAGCAAUGAGCCUCUUAUUGGGCCAAAACUACCAGAAUUAGCUAAAGUGGACAUGGAAGAUGAGUCACUAAACACAACUGUACACCUUAUCAGGAACACAAUGAAACAGGUGGGAGCAGUCUCUGAUCUCAAACCAGUGGAUAAAAAAGUUAAACCCAGACGUCGGAUUUGAUCAAAGGGCUGCCUUGAUGCUGAACUAAUGUCUCUUCCAAACACCUUCUUUUUUUUUUUUUUUUUAAAUAAAGAUUAUUUU